CUCAUAUAACAUCAUAUAAUCUAUUUUUUACACCUUUUUUUCGUUUAUCUACUCGCUUUCCGAUGCUGAAAAGUAUGAGAAUAGUUUAAUCUGAUGAAAUAUCCUAAUAAGAUAGAAAUUUAUUGGGAACAAUUGCGUUAGCUUGGUUGCUAACUGUAAACGGAUGACUAGGAUGACUAAGCUAGCUCUGUUAGCCUGCUGUGGAAAUGUAAGCGUUGCUUAUGUAACGUAUUUGAAAUACAUGUGGCGUAAUUAAGUUAAUCUGGCUCGUUUAAAUCUGAGAAGGGAACUUUCAGGGGACAUUUCUUGUCAUAAAGAGAAGAGGUGGCUAACCUAAGGGCUAAUCUAAUAUUCGAUUAUUUAACUUUAGUUUAUUUUCUAUUCACCGUCCCACCUUAAAUUCUUGCAGUUACUACAUUGAGCCUGUAGAGGGCACUCGUUAUUUUAUUUUUUUUAAACAUUUGGUGUAAAUAUAAAGUAUCAGAAUUAGAAUCAGAUUUAUUGGCCUAGUGUACUUACACACACAAGGAAUUUGGUUCCAGCAGUUUGUGACUCUCAAAGAUGAAGCUGCAGUGGCUUUGGACAUGUCUCCUGCUCUUUUCCGUACUGGUGGUAACAUGGGCCCAGGAGGAUGAGCUGGAGGAUGAUGAAGAGGCACAUGUGGAGGAUGGAGAGGUGGACUCUGAGGCAGACAGCAGUGAAGUACAAGCUGAUGCUAAAGUCUCUUUUCAGGUCACAUAUAAGACCCCUGUACCCACUGGUGAGGUUUUCUUCUCUGAAACCUUUGAUGAUGGAUCUCUCAUCAGAUGGAUAAAGUCCAAAACAAUGAAAGAUGAUGCAGAUGAGGAUAUUGCUAAAUAUGAUGGCAAAUGGGAGGUGGAAGCUCUGAAGGAGAACAAAGUGCCUGGCGACCUGGGUUUGGUGCUGAAGUCUCGAGCAAAACAUCACGCCAUCGCAUCUCCUCUCAACAAACCGUUCAUCUUCAAGAACAAACCACUCGUGGUGCAGUAUGAAGUCAAUUUUCAAGAUGGUAUUGACUGUGGUGGUGCCUACAUUAAAUUACUCUCCGACUCCCCCGACCUGGACUUGGAGCAGUUUCAUGACCGUACACCAUACACCAUCAUGUUCGGGCCCGAUAAGUGUGGAGAAGACUACAAACUGCACUUCAUCUUUAGGCAUAAAAACCCUCAGAAUGGAGAUUUUGAAGAGAAACAUGCCAAGAGGCCCGACACAGACCUCAGAAAGGUGUACUCGGACAAGAAAACACACCUCUACACACUGGUUCUGAACCCAGAUAAUACAUACGAGAUAUUUAUCGACCAAUCCAGUAUUGGCAAAGGAAGCUUGCUGACUGAUGUGGUUCCACCUGUAAACCCACUUAAAGAGAUUGAUGAUCCCAAUGACUCUAAACCAAGUGACUGGGAUGAGAGAGCUAAGAUUCCUGACCCAGAAGCAGUCAAGCCUGAUGACUGGGAUGAGGAUGCUCCUGCAACUGUGCCAGAUCCAGAUGCAGUGAAACCUGAGGGCUGGCUGGACGAUGAGCCUGAGUUUAUCCCAGAUUCUACAUCUGAGAAACCGGAAGACUGGGAUGAGGAGAUGGAUGGUGAAUGGGAAGCUCCUCAGGUUCCUAACCCUGCAUGUGAAACUGCUCCUGGCUGUGGCGAGUGGAAACCUCCCACAAUCAAUAACCCCAUGUACAAGGGUAAAUGGAAGGCUCCACUAAUAGACAACCCUCACUACCAGGGUGUGUGGAGUGCACGGAAGGUCCCAAAUCCGGACUACUUUGAAGAUCUGGAACCGUUUAAGAUGACCUCGGUCCGGGCUGUAGGACUGGAGCUGUGGUCCAUGACAUCCGACAUCUACUUUGAUAACUUCAUCAUUAGUGCAGAUAAAGAGGUGGCAGACCGCUGGGCUGCAGAUAGCUGGGGGCUCAAAAAACUGGUGGCUAGUGCAAAUGAGCCGGGGGUGUUUAGUCAGCUGGCUUUGGCAGCGGAGGAGAGGCCAUGGCUGUGGAUAGUCUAUAUUCUGACUGUUGGACUGCCGGUUGGCCUGGCUGUUCUUUUUUGCUGGCCAAAGAAGUCUGAGGAUGAGUAUGUCUAUAAGAAAAUUGAUCCACCCAAAAGGGAAGAGGUAGAAGAAGAGGAAGAAGAGGAAGAAGAGGAGGAGGAAGAGGAUGAAGAGGGAGAAGAGGAAGAGCAGGAGAAAGAAAAGCAAGAGGACACGGCUGAAGCAGAGGAAGCUGCCGAACAAACAGGCUUAUUGCCAUUUUUCUCCCCAUCUGGUUCAGCAGACACUGCAGGCAGAUCUGAAGUAGAAGCUGAAGAAGCUGAAGGAGAAGCUCCAGAUGAGGAGGAAGAGGAAACUAGUAAAUCGAAUGACAUUCCUUCAGAUGAUGAGAUGAAGGACGCUGAUGAGGGAUUUGACAGCACUGUAGAUGGACAGAAACAGGCUGUGAGAAAAAGAAGAGUACGGAAAGACUGAAGGGCCUGUUUCCUAUCCUGUCUCCCUGUUCCCUUUUCUCUUCCUCCUUUUCUCACCCUCUGCCUCUUUAAAUGCUGCAUGCCCCUGGCUUUGUGACAACCACAGGCUCCACCAUUCCACCAGAGGUCCUUCUUCUCUUUCCUGUUAUCUUAGUCUUCCUCUUCACCAGUAGUUUCUAUGGGCCGCUCUUUCAAUUUAGCCAUACCAGUAAAAACUCUGCUGUAUUUCCUCAUCGGAGGAUUGAAUAAGUAGCAUUGAAACCAGAUUUUACGUCUGACUGCGCACAUACUGACAUGAAGGGUAAGAAAAAAAAAGGAUGCGUUUGGAUGGAAAUCAUUUCAAACCCGACAUUAAGUUUGUGAUUAUUUCAAAAAGUGUUCUUUAACUUAUUUACAAAGAUUUAGCACCAGUGUUGUGUGUUUGUUAUGCAGUUUUUAGCUAUAUUGUUUAAAAGAAAGUGCACUGAACAUAUUUAUUAUUUGUAUUUUGUUUAGAAAAAGCUGAGUUUGAUGUAGGUCUUAAUCUUAUUUUCUGUAGUAAUCACACACAAUUAGAUUAUAGUUAGGAAGAGUUUGACUUGAGAAUCUGAAUCUGUUUGUACACAGAAUCUGACGACACUUUAUGGCUCGGCAAGCUGAAGCUAUUUUAAACACUGAUUAUAAUAGAUGUUAUUCUCCUCAAACUUUCAUUUAGAGCUCGUUAUUCUACACAAAUCUGAUGAGGUACACAAGAAAAGGCAAGCAAAGCUGAUUCGAGCAACUGAAAUGUAAUUUCAGAUUCCUGUGUUAAUUACAUGUGGACCAAAAGAAUUUAGUCAAUCAGCGUUAGUGUUUAUUGCAAUAGUUUGACCAAAAAUGAAAUGUACAUAAUUUUCCCUUUAGCAUUAACUGCACCAUUGCAGGUUUCAGACUUUUCCUUUUUUUUUUUUUUAAUCUUAACCACCAGCACAUAUCUUAGAAGUGGCAGGAACCCCCCCCAAAACAAACACCCAUUGGAAAGCACACCCCUCACCUUCAUCUCUCACAAGUUUUGGGUCACACAUGAGCUAAACACACAUGGAGGACAAUGUGCUGUAAAAAAGUAUAUUGUAAUUAAAAAUAACUUGAUAGAUCUGUAAAGAUUCAAGGCUCACAAGCAACUCCAAUUCUCUUGAUUUGCUGCGUCCAAAGCUACAAUGUAGAUCAACAACGUCAUUACAUUUAUAAUCAUGAAUCCAGAUGAAACUGGUAUAAUUCUGGUAAUCUACAUAAGUUAUGCUGGUUUUGGUAGCCAUUAUUACCCAGAGCUAAAAGAGGGUUAUGCUUUCUAUUGAUAUUAGCACAAAAAACUCUUUCCAUAUAGGGAAAAACCCACUAAGUGUGAAAGCACCUUAAAAAGGUAACCAGUCUUCACUGACGGAUGGUGCUUGGGAUAAAGGGAACGUGGAGACAUUUCAUUUUUGGAGCUAUUUCUUCGAGAUAAGCUGAGACUAUAGCCAUCGGCACACAGAACUAUACACUGUGAGCCCUCGUCUCUCACACAGGAUACUUUCAGCUCUACAGAAAAUGAUAAGCGAUGCUACUAUCUUUUGUUCUGUUUUUGGUUUGUCAUGUAAGAAAUGCUUUUAAGGUUUGUUGGUUUGUAACACUGCAGUUGGAAAUAAACAUUUACAACAAA